AUGAUGCAGAAAGCUCCAAAAACAUUACGCAUUGAUUUUUAUUACAUAAUAAUUAACUGUAAAUUCAAAAAACAAUGGCACGAAAGUAUUUUUAAAAAAGAAUAUCUGCAUCAAUUAUCAAAAAUUAAUCACUCCUUUGUACAUAAGAGCAAGUACAUUAACAAGAAUAUAUACAAUAUGAAAUGCAUAGAAUUAUACAGAUAUAGUUGUUUGUUAGAGAAGCAAAGUGUGAACAAUGUAGCUAUUUAUAAACAGAUUAAUAGGAGAGUAGAAAUGAUAUACAAAUUUCUUAAUCCGUCAAAAAUUGUAUUAUUAAUUAAAUUAUAUUUAGAAAACGCCAAUUUAAAUUUAUAUCAUAGUACAUUUAACUGUCUUUUAGAAGAAGCAAUAAAAAAGUUAAACGAAUUUAACCUUGAAGAAAUUGUUAAGUUAUAUAAUAUAAUUAGCAAUGUAGAAAACAAUCAAAAUGUUGUUUAUUUAUUUAAAUAUUUUAACAACCACUUAAUUAAUUAUUACACAUUUAUUGAUGUAAAAUCUUUUUCAGUCCUAUUAAAUUCUCACGCAAAAUUAAAAAUUAAAGAUAUGAAACUAAUAAAUAAAUUUUUACAUAUCAUAAUGCAAAAUAAAUUACCUUUUGAUGUUAUAACUUAUUCUAUUUUUUUUAAUUCCUUUUAUAAACUAAGGAUAGUAGAUAACGAAUUUGUUACCAUAAUAGUUAGACAAUUCUUAAACGAAAUAGAUGAGUCGAAAGAAAAAGAAGACUCAGUUCGUAUCGAAAAGUUUGAUCAGAACAUAGUUCAUAAUGACAAAAAAAAAACAAUAAGAAACAUAUUUGUCAGUUAUUCUCCAUACCAUAUUUGUAACAUAUUGCUGUAUUUCACCAUUUAUAAUAUUAACAAUAUAGCUAAUUUAAAUGAUUUAAAAGAAUUUAAAAAUGAUUUAAAUUUAAGUGAUAAUGUCUACAUAAAUUUCUUAAUAGACCUAUUAAUUAAAAAAAAAAAUUUAUUAAAAUGUGAGGAAAUUUUAACCUUAUGCCAAGUUUUCAAGUCUUUGAAAAUAAAAAAUAACAUAUUAGUUAACCAUAUAGAGAACUUAUUACUAAAUUAUUUCAUAUAUGUGAAGGACCAAAAAAAUAUAAAUUAUAACAAUAAUAACCAAAAUGUUACAAAUUCAACUGAUUUUAUUCCAUUCACUGAUAAUGCUCUUGUAAAAAUUUUAUUUGACAUGUGCACUUUUUAUAAUGAUAUAAAUAUAUACAACUAUAGCAUACAAUAUUUUCGCUGGAAAAAGGUAGAUUUUUAUGCCUCUUCAUUAUUACUAUACAUAUAUUCAGAAAUAAAUCUGUUAGAUUAUCAAAUGAUCACUAUAUUAAUUCAUGUUAUAAAUAAAAAUUAUUUACUCAAUUUUCAAGUAGAAAACAUUUUCCCCAUAAUUAGAUCUUUCUAUAAAAUCUGCCUCAACAAUCAGCAUUAUUUUGAAAGUACAAAUAAAAGCCAAAAUUUUGCUAACAACAUGCAGAAUUGUUCUGAAACAACUAGACAUUCAUGUAAUUCACAACCAACGCUGCAAAUAGUUCAUUCAUUAUCCUCCGAUACCUAUAACUCUAUUACUCAAGAUAGGAAACUAAGUAGUACAUGUAAAAUACCCCAAAACGAAAUGUAUAAUAAAAUUAAUGAUAAUGCUAAGGCAAUAGCACUGUCAGCUAACGAUAAUCCUAUCAAAACUUCAACACAAAUAGGAUAUAUAUUUUGCAAAAUUGAAAACUUAUGUGAUAACAUCUUUUCUAAGUUAAAAAAAGAAUUAUUAGAAAAAAAAAUACAUAUCAGUAGAUCAAAUAUAAGUCUCCUAUGUAAAAUUUUGUUCUACUCCACCUUUCUGAGAAGAUUUGCUUUUCUUAACAAUGUAAUUAAUUUAUUUAUAGACAAAAAAGAUGAACUUGAGAGUUUUAAAAAUAUCUUAAAUAUUCUGUACGCUUAUUGUUACAUUAAAAAUAAUAUAUACAGUUACGAUAUAAACAAAAUAAAUCUUAUCAAAGUUAACGAAAAGAGCAUAAUAAAACAGCAUACAAAUGACAGGGUAUUAGAAAAUUAUAAUUUUAUUAUAAAUAAAUUGAAUCAUAACAACGAAUUAACAAAUAUGAUUUCUUUUCUAUUCAUUCAAUGUAAAUUAAAUGAUUAUCGUUUCGUAAAUGAAGAGAGCAUAACUACAUGGCUCAAGUUCUCUUUUUUAAAUAUACAUCUGUUAUCACUCUUACUUAAUAGUCUCAUAUCAAAAGAAUUAAAUAUAAUUACUAACUUUACAGCUAAUGAUAGGACUGAAAUUUUGUUAGAGACAAUAGGUAAUAAAAAAAAAGGUAACGAUAUCAAAAAUAGUCACAUUAUUGUAAAGAAUGUCUAUAAAUUGCAUUUAAUGAAAUUGUAUAAUCUAAUUCUUGUACAAAUAAAUAAGCUUAUUUUAAAGUGCCAAAAUGUUUAUGAUAUAACAAGAAUUUUUAAUUCAUCCUUUAUUUUUUUAAGUUAUUUUGGAAAAUUAAAAAACGAGCAGAAGUUAAAUGGCGAAGAUUUACAAGUCCAAACAAGUAUAUAUAAUAUCCUGAGAAAAAUAGAAAAAAAUGUAAUACAAAAUUAUCUUUUAUAUAAUAAGGAAUACAUAAUAUUGCUAUCAGCCAUUUGUAUAUAUAGUAAUAAUUAUUCGUACAUACCUUUCGCAUUCUUUUUUCAAUAUUUCCAUUUAUUUGCUUUUAAAGAAAUUAUUUCAUAUUUAAUAUUGUUAAGCAAUGAUGAAGAGAUUAAGUACAUCUCUAAUUCUAUUUUUUCCCUAAUAAAUUAUAAGAGCACAGAAAGUAUCGAGUGCAACAAAAAGGAAGACAUUGAAAAGUUUUAUUUUUUUCAUGUGUCCAAAAUUGUAAGAAGUAUUAGCACUAACAGGAAUAACGAUACAAAGGAUAUAAAUAACCACAAUAAUGAUAAUCCAUAUGAUGUCAAUUAUUUGAGGGGCCAUGUUCAAGCUAAUAACUCCUUCUGUUUAAACCCCUUCCAAAUAAACAACAUAAUAAGCAUAUACAAAUCACUGAUAAGUAAUAACGACAUAUUGAAUAGUGAAUUCUUUAAAAAAAUUAAAGACUUGUAUUUGCACUCAAUUGAAAUUAAUUCUGCUUUGUUAAACAAUCUUUCGCUCAGUGAUCUAAAUAGUUUAUGUUUAUUUAUUUUAAAAAAAAACAAUGUAAAUACAUUUCUAUUUAAAUACAUUUUAAAAAAGAAUUAUGAGUACAUCGAUUCAGAAAAAAAAUUGUUAUUAAAAUAUGACUACAUUAUUAGCUUAUUAAAAAUUACAAUCCAUUUAAGGAAAUAUAAUCUAUUUAUAAAUGACUCAAUUAUAAUUAACAUUAUCUUAAAAAAUGUAGAUAAGUUUAACACAUUACACAAAAUGAAUACUCUUAUCGAGUGUUUACUUCAAAUUAGAAGAAGAAAUACUUUUGAUAACCUUAUAAAUGAGUUGUGCUAUAACUCUAAAAAUAUGUAUUUAAAUUACUUUCUAAGUAACCAAACAGUAGACUUAAAUAUAGUGUUGUAUUUUUUGUAUAUAUUAAACAGCUUUAACAACUCAGAACUUUUUUAUACUAUGUUUCAAAUUUUUUGCGUAAAAUUAUUUCAUUUAAAAAGGAUAGUAGUUUAUCAAAGGAAAAGGUAUAAUUUUGUAUCCAGUUCAAACAAUACCUUUUUCAUGGCUAAGAACAUUUAUUAUUUAAACAUAGAUGGAGGUAUAAAAUUAGCCGAAGAUUCGGAUGAUCCUUUUAGAGAUGUUAGCACUUCAGAUAACGAAUAUGUAAUAUAUGUAAAUGAUGAAAAUGCUUUUAUAAAUAUGGAAAAUAAAGAGACAAAGGAAGAAGAAGAAGAAGAAGAAGAAGAGGAAUUUAAUGAUGAUCAUCAUGAUGAGAAGGAUGAAAGCAAAAUGGAGCUGGAAAUAUCGAACUCCAAGAAGAUAACAGUAACUGCUAAGUCAAGCAAAAAUGACAUGCAACUAGUGAUGCAAAAUAAGGAAACUGAUAAAGAUACACACCUUAGCAACUAUCAUAAAGAAACGAAUCAAAUAAAAAAUAUAAAAAAAAUGGACCAUACGACACACAUUAACGACCACUCUUUUAUCAUCUUAUUCCUUCUGCUUGAUCUGGUUAAAAACGAACAAAGAAUUAAACAAGCAGAAAUAUACAAUUUUAACUUUUCCCUAUUUAAAAAUUAUAUAUAUAUCUUAAAUAAAGAAGUAAUAAUUCAGUGCUUGUACAUUUACUUUUACUCAGAAAUUAAUGAAAAAUUGGAACAUGAUAACAAAUUAAGAGGAAACAGAGUUAUAGAUGAACAUGUACAUUACAUCUUAAAUGUCUUGAUAACCUUCAUUCAUAAUUUAGAUGUUUAUUCAAUUUUGAAAUUGUCUUUCAUUUAUAUUAAUUUAUAUUUGUAUUCAAAUAAAAAAUAUCAAGUUAACGAAAACAUUAAAAUUCUUUUUGAGCAUAUAAACAAAAAAAAAAAUUUAAUAGAAAAAAAUAAUAUCUUAUAUGAGCAAAUAAAAAGGUAUGAAAAUAUUUCAAAUUUAUGA